GAUUACGUGCAUGGGGUGGAGCCGGUUAACAUUUUGUCUUCAGAGGGGCGGGGCUUACAGAGAGGCCAUUGAACACAGACAGCCGUAGGACCGGGAGCUGUUAGAGAAGGAUGGAUUCUGUCAUGGGACUCAUGACUCAGACACCAGUGGGCGAAGCUCAAACUAAUGAAGGGGUGGAUGAUGGAGGCGGGGUCAGACAUCGAGUCAGUCAUGUUGAAAUGAAACUGGUCCAGCUGGAGUCAGAGGACGGCUCACAGGCGCCAUUAAACAGUGAUGUUACAGCACUGAGGAUCCAUCAGCAGAUGGACCGCAGGAAAGCAGUGUUCUACCUCAUUCUCAUCGGCCUGUUUAUAUUCAGCACAGCGUUCCUGCUGGGUUACGUGACGUUCCGUAGAAUGUGCCGUAUAUGCAGGGAAGAGGGAGAUCUGAUUCCUCUGAGUGACACCACCGGAUCGGAUCACGUGCCUGAGGAGACGGUGAUGUACAUGUCAGAGCUUAGGGAGAUGCUGAAGAAAUAUCUGAUCGAGGACAAAAUAGAGAACACGCUCAGGCGAGUGAGCAGAACGUCUCAUCCUCCGGGAUCCUCUGAAGGAAACGCUAUAGCGAGAGAAAUACUGCAGAAUCUUCAGAAGCUCCGGAUGGACCACACCUGGACAGACUCGCAUUACGCCACUCUCCAGUUUCCCUCCAGGACACAGAAGAACACUCUCUGGUUGGUGGAUUCUGAGGAGGAGGAGCUAGAGGAGAUUUCUUUAGACAACGAUGGUUACUGUGCCUACAGUGCCACAGGAACAGCCACGGGAGGGGUCGUGUACGUGAACUAUGCCCGGCGUGAGGACUUCGAUCAGUUGCAAGCUCUCGGCAUCUCCGUCAACGGCUCCAUCGCCAUAGCGAGGGUGGGAGGGGGUGUAAGCUUUGCUGAGAAAGUGUGGUACGCCCAGCAGGCAGGGCACGUCGGUGUUCUCAUCUACCCCGACCCUGCGGACGUCCCUCAGGAUCCACGACGACUUGGACUCCAUAGCAACGCUGUCAUCUCCGAACACGUGCAUCUGGGAUCUGGCGAUCCAUUCACACCUGGAUUUCCUUCCUUUAACCACACCCAGUUCCCGUCCACCCAAUCCUCUGGCCUGCCAAUCAUUUUAGCUCAGCCAAUCAGCGCAAACGUUGCAUCCAAACUGUUAAGUCAGUUAUCAGGUGUGGAUUGCCCGCGCGGAUGGCAGGGCCGUUUGCCGUACGUUCAGUGUGUGUUGGGUCCAGGCUUCACAGGACCGGGUGGGCACAGGGUAAAGAUGGGCGUAUUUAACACCAUGAAACCGGUGCUGCUCAACAACAUCUUCGCAUCUAUAGAAGGCAAACUGGAACCCGAUCAUUAUAUCAUCAUAGGAGCUCAGAGGGAUUCUUGGGGUCCAGGAGCUGUAAAGUCUGGAGUGGGUACAGCAAUCCUGAUGGAACUAGCUAGAACCUUUAGUACAAUGGUGGAGAAUGGGUUUUCUCCCAGACGCAGUCUGCUUUUUGUCAGCUGGGAUGGAGGAGAGUUUGGAAAUGUUGGCGCCACCGAGUGGCUUGAGGGUUAUCUGACCAUGCUGCAUCUGAAAGCUGUGGCGUAUUUCAGUCUGGAUCAAGCCAUCCUGGGUGAUGAUAAUCUUUCUGUCUACACGAGUCCUCUGUUAGCUAAUCUCAUCGAAGGAGCCAUUAAACAAGUCGAACAUCCCAAACACACGGGUCAGUCCAUUCUCUCUCUUGUCCAGCGUCAGGGAGGCUGGAGAAACAUAGUGAAGCCGUUGUAUUUGAACAGUGGUGCGUACAGCUUUACAGCAUUUGGAGGAGUUCCUGCGAUGCAGCUGCAUUUCACCGAGGACGCUCGUGUGUAUCCGUUUGUCAACACUCGUCUGGACAGUGUAGGUCGUCUGCAGGAGCUUCUGCAGGGUCGUCUGUGCGCUGUGGGUCGAGCUGUAGCUGAACUCAUAGGCCUGAUGGCUCUCAAACUGUCACAUGAUCACAUUCUUCCACUGGACGUCACCUGCUACAGCAGUGCAGCUCAACAACUGAGCUCUAGACUGAGUAUACACACUACACAACUGCAGUCGAGGGGUUUGUCUCCUCAGUGGAUUUUCAGUGCGAGAGGAGAUUACAGCCGCGCAGCUAAAAGUCUUUUGGAUGCUAUAAAGAACAGUGAUGUUCAGGAUGAGAGACUGGCCAGACUCUACAACACACGCAUCAUGAGGGUGGAAUAUUACUUCCUGUCCCAGUACAUGUCAGUGGUGGAGACGCCGUUCCGUCACGUGUUUCACGGGCGUGGCGAUCACACACUGAGCGCGCUGGACGAGCAUCUGUCUCUCCUGCGCUCCGAGCCACAUCUAUUCGACGAGGUCCGGUUCAAACGCCAGCUGGCUCUCUUUACCUGGACACUGCAGGGUGCCGCUAACGCUCUCAGCGGUGAUGUGUGGAACAUAGACAACCCUCUUUAGUGCUCCAGAACCACACAGACUCCUUACCAAACCGUUCCUUUAUCCAGCCCAACAUCAGUCGACCGGUUAAGCCCUGGAUAACUGUAGAGCGUCAGUGUUGAAGGUCAGGAUAAAUCGAGUCUGUUUACAUUCAGACCUCCACGCUCCCCUAACCAGGCACAAAACAUCAAGCCAAUUAUUUAAUCACAACACAGUAGUUUCAUGAUACGUGUUGUGUGUGUUAUCUGAGCAGAGACACCGUCUCAACCCUUCAGAUGAAAUGAUGCUCAAGACACAAACGAAUCCUCUUUUAUUGAUUCAGGUUAGGGUUGAAUCAGUUUGUGAUUCACAAGAGAAGCGUGCAUGUGUUUAUUCUGCUGCAGUUUCUGUCUGUAAACUAAUAUGAAUCCUAUAGGCAGGGGCUGUGUGUUAUAUUUGAGGAGAACGUGAGCAAUUCUUCUAGCUGAGAAAACUCAAAAUCGUUACAUUUAUAAAUAUGUCACAACAACGUCUGGUCAAAUACGAAGGGAAUC